AUGCUGAAUUUCACGGAAGCUUACAAUGAAACAGAAAGUAGUACCUUUGAUUAUGAUGCUUUUUACAACGAUUCAACCGUUGAUACACCGCAACUCUCCUACGAGUUGAAGCACCCGAGUAUUGGAAUUUUGCUCUCUGUUUUUUCCUUCAUCACCAUCGUCGGCAACAUUCUUGUUAUCGUAGCUGUUAGUCGAGAGCUCUACCUACGGACGGUUACCAAUUAUUUUAUCGUUUCGCUGGCUGUUGCUGAUCUGAUGGUGGGUGGCAUUGUAAUGCCGUUUAGUAUCAGCCACGAAAUGACCAACAACUUCUGGCUUUACGGCCCGGCAUGGUGCGACUUGUGGCACUCGUUCGACGUGCUUGCCAGUACAGCCUCUAUUAUGAACCUCUGUGUUAUUUCUCUUGACCGCUACUGGGCGAUCAACGACCCGAUUACCUAUCCGGUUAAAAUGUCAAACAGCAAAGUGAGCAUCCUCAUCACGGGAGUUUGGGUGUGCUCAGCUGGAAUCUCCUUUCCGGCCAUCGCCUGGUGGCGAUCCGUUACCCCGCAGGAUUUACCCAGUCACGAGUGUCUGUUCACAGAAGACACCGGUUACUUGAUAUUCUCCUCGUUUGUAUCAUUCUAUUGUCCCUUGAUAAUCAUGCUCUUCUUUUACUACAAAAUUUACAAAGCUGCUGUGGCACAGACCAGAAGUAUCAAGAUGGGGUGCAAAGUGAUGAUGUGUAGCAACAUGGACGGUGAAGUGAUGACCUUACGAAUGCAUCGCGGCGGCCCGAAGCGGGUCCCGCAUGAUUCGGAAGGAGGACAUGAACGAAAUGCCGACAGUGACACCGGAAGUCCAGCUCGUUUGGUCAAUGCACAGACCGUCGAGAGACCGACCAAAUGUAUCACAAAGCGCCUUAGACAUUUACAAAUUAGUAAAAAGCUGAGUAAAAUCGCCAAAGAACAGAAAGCGGCGAAAACACUCGGCAUUGUAGUGGGCGUGUUUAUUCUCUGUUGGCUUCCAUUCUUCAUAACUAACCUCUUGUUUGCCAUGUGCAAACACUGCGUUUUUUAUCCGAACAUACUCUUUCCUGUAUUUACUUGGUUCGGUUAUCUUAAUUCCGGGAUGAAUCCCAUUAUUUAUGCUCUCUCAAUGCGGGAUUUUAGGCGCGCUUUUUCCAAAAUUCUUUUCAUGUGCUGUCCAAAAUAUGGUAUGAUUCGCAGACAGAAUCCAUACGACAAUGCCAUCAAAACAAGUUUUUCGGGUAAUACAGUUGAUCGUUGUGUACAGUUCAGAAUGUAA